AUGGUCGUCUACUCCUUCUAUAUCUUCGACCGCCACACGGAAUGCAUCUACUCGAAAACCUGGCUCCCCGCCGAGCGGCCCCCGUCCCAACAACCUCCCUCGUCAGCCGGAACGGGCGCCGCACCGCCAUCAUCACAGCAGCUCGGCCGCCGCAGCCAGGUGAACUCGGCCAAGGACGACGCCAAACUCAUCUUUGGCACUGUAUUUUCGCUGCGCAACAUGGUCCGCAAGCUCGGCGGGGACGACGACGCCUUCAUCAGCUACCGCACGUCGGCCUACAAGCUCCACUACUACGAGACGCCCUCGAACCUGCGCUUCGUCAUGCUUACUGAUACGGCGACGCUGAUCGUCAAGAACCCCCUAGCACCGGCCGAACACAAGGGGGGCGAAGGCGUUAAGAAUGAGCUCUUUGAGUUAGGCCUGGAUCAGUUCGUUAGGGGCCUGAUGUGA